AUGUCGUCCAGCGAAAGCCGUGUUUGUAUGGGAGACAGUGCUGAGGACCAGGCCUGCCGGUGCCAACGCUAUAUCCCAAACCCCAAUCAGUCGGUCGAUGACACCCAAGUUUGUCGUGACUGCAAGCAUUGGGAGAGCAUGCAUCGUUCAGCUCCUCGGCCAAGCACUGCUCUAGAUGACAUUCUUGCGAGAGUUGGCCGCUCCGGACUCAAGUCUUCCAGUGCUUCUGAGGAGGAAGCUCGCUCAGAAGCAAGCAGUGGUUUCCGAAAGGCAGAAGGCCAGGGUGGCCACACUAAAUUCCAGCGAAGCUCCAGUACUCGACGUGCAGUGAAGCCAAGUCUGUCGACAAAGGAGGAAAAGAACUUAUGUGUCGGCCAACUUAUAAUGAUACCCAAUUGUCGGCAGGAGGAGUUCUCAGCUGCGAGUGAUGAUGACGAGCGGAGCAACAGCGACUCCGACAUUCCUGUUGCGAUGAGAUAUGUUGCCGGUUUACCUGGUCCAGUGAUUGUCCAAGAGCUGAAAGAUGCCUCGUUGACUAUGCAAAACUUCACGUAUCGAAAGUCAUGGUCGGCGGAAAAGAUCAACGAAGUAUUGAUGGAGAACUUCAAGGAUGUGUUUGCUUAUCAAGAUGCGGUGAACCCAAACUUGCUUGAAGCUGGGGAGUUUCACUGGGUGCCUUUGGCACUCCAGGGAAAGAGCCUACAAGAGUUCAAGAAACGAGGCUCCAUUUGUGGAGACGAUCUUUACACUAUCUCAUCAGGCAAAGGCAAGAAGGUUGAAUUGAAGACGAUUUAUCUCGGCUUACGAUUCACAAUACCGCAUCGAGUCUAUUCAGACCCAUCAUGGCCAUUGACCUUCGAAGCUCUUAUUGCGGCUGAAUCAAAGAACAAGGGCAAGGGCAAGGCAGAGAAGCCAGCAUCAAAGCAGCGGAAAGUUAUUCUCAAGCUUGGACGACCAUCGCCUAAGAAAGAGACUAUCGUGAUCUCUGACGACGAGACUACUAGUGAUAUGCUACAAGUAGAAGUCAAGUCGGAACCCACAACUAACACUAUUGCCGCAACGACUGGUCAUGCCGCAAGCUCCCUAUUCCUCCCAGAAUUAUCUGACACCGAUGAUGCCGAACUUCCAACUCCCGAGCAACUUUCGCUCUCAGCUGCUGCUAAAACCACUGUCGCGCAAACCAAUAUGGCAUCGGCACCAUCGAGUUUCCAAGACUCUCUUAUUGCGCCAUUCACCCAGAAUAGCAACUCGAGCAUUUCGACCGCUGCCGCCACAAGCCAUCUGGACAUAUUCUCUAUUGCACCAGUUUCAUCCGAGUCGACCACAUUUGCACCUUCGAGAUCAGUGGUUGCUCAGGAGCCUCUUCAGCCUGCGAUUGGAGUGGCAGGGCCGUCGCGUUUCCGCGAUUAUUAUAGUGAAACAGAGGCCCUUGAAAACUUGGAGCGCUUUGGGACCUACCGCGAGCCACAAGCACCUGCAACCAAGAAGCGUACCUAUUUCACCACCUUCCUUGAAGGCUCUGGUGUAAAAUCACCCGAGCGCAAGUUCCCCAACCCCUGGAAGCGCUCGCGACAAUCGUAA